AUGGAUAAUAAUAAAGUUAAAAAAUCAGUAACCCAAAGUAAAAUAUCGGUACAUCUCAGUCAUAAUAGAAACUUUUCAGCAUUAUUGAGACAUAAUAGAAAUAAUAAAAAAUUAGUUCAACAAUUAGAUGAAUUAAAAAAACCAGAAUCAAAUAAUCAAACACAACCAGAAACUAAAUCAAAACCAAAUUUAACAAAAAAAGAAAAAGAAAUUAAAAUCAAAGAUGAAAUUAAAGAAGUUAAAGAAAUAAAAAUGAAGGAAAAGGAAAAAGAAGAUGAGGAAGAGUUCCAAGAGCUUUUGGAAGAGGAAAUUGACCCAAGCUUGAUUUGUGAAGAUGAGCCUUUAAGCGACGAAGUUAUUAUCAAGCAACUUUUUAAUCAUUACAUCAAAGAAACCAAUAGCAGAGAUAUCAAACUCGAUGAUGAUAAUUAUUCAAUUAAACACCAACCAAACUACUAUAAAUCAAAAUACAUUGGAAAUAGAAGAAAAGUCAUAAACAAAUUACUCGAUGAAUGUAUUGUCAGUGUCGAUGAAAUGACAAUGGAGAAAUUGGUUUCAUAUGGUUACGAUACUAGAUACUUUAAUGAAGUUAUCCCAUUGGUAGAAGCAGUUGAAUUGUUAAAGUUCAUCAACUCACCCCAAGAAACAGUAAAAUUAUUCGUUAUUUUAGAAACUAUCCUUUUAUUCAAUAACAAUAUCAGAGGAAUGCACUCAAUUAAUACCCAUGAGUUAUCACUCUUUAAGAAAAGAUUAGAAUCUGAUAUUUCAGUUUUAGUAAAUGAAAUUAACACUAAAUAUAUCUAUCCAUCAAAUAACAACAAGAAGUUCUUAGUUAACAGUUUUAAAUUGGAAUCACCAAUCACAAAAAAUUACUACGACGAAAUUAUUAAAAAUACAUCAUUUUUCAAAGUCAAGGAUACAUUUAAUCAACUCGAAAACCUUUCAAUUAGAUGUCCAGAUGUAUUUUUAAAACAAGAGGUAUUUAAGCAAUUAAAUUAUUGUGGUAAAAAUUCAAACUUAUAUCCACCAGAAAUGUCAAAACUCAAAUCUUUACAUAUUCAAGGUCACUAUGUUAACCAAAAGCUUGGUUGGAAAGGUUCAAAUAGAUUAUUAAUCGAGUAUAUCUUGAAACAAUCAGUCAAGAAUAAUCAAAUUGUAGACUUUUCAUAUGAUAUUAUGAAUGCUUCAUCAGUACAAUCAGAUAGUUGUUUAUUAGAUAAUAAUAUCAUUCAAACAUUAGUUGAUGCCCAUAAUGAUUCAUUAAAUUCAAUUACAUUUAGAUUAUUAUCUUUAGAUAAUGUCAAGACAAUAAAGAGCGAGUUGUCCAAUUUAAAAUCAUUAAUCAACAAAACUAUAACCAAUUAUCCAAAUAUUAAAAUAAUUAUCGAAAAUUCAACCUCAGAAUCAGUCUCAUCACCAAUAAUUAAAUUAGUUAAUGAAACUUUCAAGGACAUCAACUAUAACAUUAAACAAACUAGUAAUUUAGAAGUUAUUAGAUUUGAAUUUAGUCAUAAAUAA